AUACCUGUCAGUGCUCCUGAUAUGACGCUGUGUGUUUACUGCACUCUCAUCCUGCACCAUUGAAGAAUGUUCAUGUUUUUUCAAUAUGUUUCUCAGCAGCUGGCCUACCACUGUGCCCACUCCUUAACAGCAUGUGUCCUGACAAAACACUCCACCUUAUCAAAUAUCUCCAAGAUUCAAAAGUCAAGACUGCUUUAUUACCACGCAAAUAUUGUUGGUACUACUCGGGUAUGGUACAGCUUAACAAUCAGUAAUAAACAAUAAACAACACACUAAACAAAGGGCAGGACAAGACAAGACAACACAACGCAUGCAUGAAAUGUACAUUAAUGCCGAAAUUUAGCCGAAGAGUAAAUGCACAUUUGAAGUGAAAAGGGAGAAAAAAAAUACUCUUGCAGAAACAUGUUUUCAUGUGUUUGUAUCGUUGCGAGAUGUUAGGGGAGGGGUCAGAAGACAUUUUUACGGCUCUUUUCCAAAUGCAAGGUGGGCUGAUCCUCUGCUCCGUGGAGCAAAAAUUCAUGAAGCAAACAUUGACUCCUCUCACAUUUUUCUGUCCACACUGAGAUUAAAGUCAAACCCACUAAAAGAACAAUGAAGUACCUAGUGGCUGGUCACUUCCUCGUCCUGCUCGGUGCUUUAACAGCCGUCUGUGUUCUAGGGAUUCUGUAUCACAUGGAAGUAUUCUCUAAUGCCAUAUUAAAUGAGAAGUAUGCAAAUGUUACAGCCAUGAUGAAGGUGCAAGUACACAAAGCCACUGAGUUAAAAUCAGACUUGGAUGAAGUUCAAGAGCGCUACAAGACCAUGUUAAAGCAACUCGAUGCACUAAAAGAGAAAGAGAGAUUGUGUGGAAUGUUCAAAGAGAAGUAUGAGCGAAUCCACGAACUCCUCAUUGCACACAAUGCAAGCGAAAAUUGUGGAAUCUGUGAGGAAGGAUGGAAGGCUUUUGGUUUAAAGUGUUACUACUUUUCCACUGAGAAACUGAACUGGACGCAGAGUCGAGACGACUGUGUUGAGAACGGAAGCCAUCUGGUGAUUAUAACCAGCCAAUCUGAACAGAAUUUUGUAUCUUCGCAUAUUAAAGAAACACAUUGGAUUGGCCUGAAUGACUUGGAGACUGAGGGAAAGUGGAUGUGGGUGAACAACCAGCCCUUAAAUGAGACGGGUGUAACGUUCUGGUAUAGCGAGGGCCCAAAACAGCCUGAUAACUGGAAAAAUCAAGACCCUUCUGGAGAGAACUGUGCUGCUCUGGGGGAUGCGAAUGGUAACACACAUAGAUGGUUUGAUGCUUCUUGCUGUACGUUAAAAAAAUGGAUCUGUGAAAAGUAAACACUUACUGGUGCUGUUACAUUUGAAUAUGCAAAAAAAUCUGUACUAACUUUUCAGAAGAGGAAGACAUAUCUGGUUUAUUUAUUAUUUAAGCCUGAUUAGUUGAUUUUUUUUAGUCUGUCAGUGGCCAGGCUUAACUUUAUUUGGUAUAUGUCCAAAAAAAAAAAAUCCAGCCAUGAUUGCACACAAGAUAUUAUAGUCCUUUAGUCCUUUACUCUCUCUCUCUGUCUCUCUAUAUAUAUACAUAUAUAUAUAUAUAUAUAUACAUACUGUACACACCACAGCUAUAUUGAAUGCUUGAUUCUGAUUGUUCUGAAUGUGUUGUUUAACAGUAAUGAAGGUUCACUUACAUACAGUAUAUCCCAUAAUAUAUUUACAUUACUGUGAAAAGAAUUGAAGUUUUGGCUCAGCAUAGCUCAGUUUUUAUUGUAAGUACAGCUUACAAUAUUGAAAAUACUUCUGUUUGUUUUUUAGAAAAAAGGAUUUUUUUGGUUGUUUAAUUUUGUAAUUUUUAAAUUCUUUAAUUUUUUGGUUGUUUUGAGAUUAAAUUUAUCUUUUUUUUUUAAUUUAAUCUAAGCUUUGUUAAGCUCUAGACCGUUAAAAGAUGGCAUGAAAUCAUGUAUGUCACUUUUCUCCUGCUGACUUUUAGAAACUACAACAUUAGACAAUAUCUAUUUAGAAUAGUUUGUGACUAUCAUGAAUCUCUAGUGUUUCCCUGAAGACUUGUUAAAGACAAAGCGACUAGACAGUUAUAAUACUGAAGAAUUAGUGCUUAGAUUUAAGUUUAAGGACUCAAAAUUUCCACAUCAGUUCUACAGAGUGGUCUGAAAGUCUCAGAUAAUUCGGAUCCCCAUCCCUGGAGGUGCGGGGCAAAUGUGCUAACCACUACACCACCCUGCCCCCCUGACUGAAAAUCUUCAUUUUAAAAAUAUUAUAUAUGCAGACAAAUUAAAAGUCUCUGGAACUGUACUGGAGACAUGGAUCACCGUUCUUCCAAUAGAUAUAUACCCUCAGUUUUUUUUGUUGUUGUUGUUUAAAUACCCCCAUUACCAAUCAUAACAGAGGAACAGGUUUUUCCUUUAAUUUGUCAGAUUUGUUUAAUGUGCAGAAAGUUGGUGACUUCUGCUCACUGUGUGCCUCAGCAUGCUCUGACCCCGCUCUGUGAUUUUACGUGGCCUACCACUUCGUGGCUGAGUUGCUGUUGUUCCCAAUUGCUUCCACUUUGUUAUAAUACCACUAACAGUUGACCAUGGAAUAUUUAGUAGUGAGGAAAUUUCAUGAAUGGACUUAUUGCACAGGUGGCAACCUAUCAUAGUACCACGCUGGAAUUCACUGAGCUCCUGAGCGAGACCCAUUCUUUCACAAAUGUUUGCAGAAGCAGUCUGCAUGCCUAGAUGCUUGAUUUUAUACACCUGUGGCCAUGGAAGUGAUUGGAACACCUGAAUGCAAUGAUUUGGAGGGGUGUCCCAAUACUUUUGGCAAUAUAGUGUAUGUAUACAUGGACAAUCAUACUAUAAUAAGCUAUUUUAUGCCUUGGUUUCUUUAUCUUCAAAAUAAAUGAAUAAAUGUCAAAAAUUGUAUGCUUCUUAUGUACUGCUUCUAUGAGUCCAUGGUAUCUCAUUUACUUUACUUUGCAGUAAAUUUUACAUAUAAUAUCCUCAGACCAAGUUGACAAAAUGUUGCAGUUAUGUUGUCACCUGUAUGGACAUGAAUGUAAUGUUAGAUUUUUAGGAAGCUUUUUUUUUUAAAUUAUUGUGGUACCUGACACACAGAAUAUCUACAUGUACUUUACUGUCUGACUACGCCACCCCCUAAAAUGGGCGGGGGAAACCCCUUUUCUCUCUGUAGUGUGGCUGAUUCUAGACCCUGCCCGCAAAGAAACAGUUUACACAAGGCAUGUACACAAGCUCAAAUUUAUUACAAUUUUGAAUAGGUACAAUUGCUAAUGUGAAAAAGAGACGACGGGAAACUGGCUGGAGCUUCUCAAACUAAUAAGGUCGGGUCGGCACGGCACCCACAGCCCCUCUCCUAG